AUUUUUUUCACAAAGCAAUUUUCAGUGGUUUUCCCAACUUCAUUCAGCCAAUCAGAAUUAAUGAUUUCAGUAGCACAAAACAGUUUAGUGAAAAUCACUGGCAAAUUGCUUCAUGAAACACUCAAUUGCUUCAUGAAACAUUCACUUACUUGGCACUCAUUUCGAGCUGAUAUUCAUCAAUAAAAAAGAACUAAUAAUUUUGAUGUGGCACAAAAAUUGUUUGUAAGUCCUGAUUUGUUAUGACACUAUUCCAUGGCUGGUCAUGGCCUUAAUUUGUUAGACCAGGGUUCCGUAACACAAAGGUUUGCAAUUAAUCGCGAAAUACCAAUGACCAAUCAAGAUCUUCAUUGUGUGUGUAUUUGAGUUUUUCAGACGUGUUUCAAUCAGAUAUGAUUAUUUACGUCAGGGACCGCCUUUAACGUCAUCAUCCGAAAGAUGUGACCAGGGUUCGAACCUCGAACUUCUGCAUCAAUUAGUAACUUCCCCACGUAGCUUGGAUUACAGGCGCACGCCACAACAUACGCCCCCACAACGUGCACUGCAUGCACACUCUGUUUAAAAUACUGACUGGGAGCUAAUCAGUGCGGUUCUUUCAUACUUACAAUUCAUCGCAAACCUUUGUGUUACGGAGCCCAGGGCUCUUUAACACAAAGAUCAGUUGCUAAAUGAACUGACCUAUCAAGAUCAAUUUUACAUGCGUAUUUGGCGCAAAAUACCAACCAGGAACUAAUCAGAAGUGUUCUCUCAUAUUUGCUAUUCAUCGCUAAGCUUUGUGUUAUUGGGCCCUCAGCGGCACCCCGAAUCACGUGGGCCUUACUAUGUACGCAAGUACGGGGAGUUUGAGAGGUAAGACUGAGACAGUGAUAGAUGUAGAAUUCUGCUUACCAUUUUCAUGCAACAUAGGUGAGCACUUCUACAGAGUAGGCGGUAGUUUGAGUAAAAUAUCCAGGGGUGUUGUUUGUGAAGCAUUGUUUUCUAAAAAUGAUUACCAAAAUAAGUAAAAUAUCAUGGCUUUUCUUAAUUAUUAACUUGUUACAAAUAUUGAACAGUCAUCACUCACUUUCAUCAGAAGUUUCUUAUGGUUUUUUCUUUCAUUAAUCUUAAUGUUCUCAUACAAAAUUUCAUAUUCACGGCAAAAAACAAUAACCGUAAUUUAGUUUAUAUAGUACAUCAGUUCAUUUUGCCAAUGUACAGUCAUCCCAAUGUGAUAUGGGACUUUGGUAAAUAGAUAAAUUCUGUAAAUGUAAACUAAACUCUUUAAUAGUUUGUUGACUUUAUAUAGAAAAUGUGUAAGGUCCUUGAAUUUUUGUCUGACUGAGAUUGAGAGCAAAGGUAUAUUUACUUUUUAUUUGAAUUACUUCUUUUUCUGAGUAGAGUUUCAUGUUGAUUUGGAAGCUACAAAAAUCUAUUGAUGAAAUAACAGUAAUUAUACACCAUUGUAUAAGACAAUGCAUUUCCGGGGUGACACAACUUCUACAAGCAAAAUCCACACAAGUGGAGAUGUGACCGGUAAGCGAGGUGAGGAUGAGACAAAAUUUGCCUGGGAAGCGUUGGCCUGCAAGAAAAAGGAGAGAUGGGGAAAGAGGGCGAUAAUAUGGAGUUGGACAUGGAAAUUAUGUUUGCUGAAUUCCAUUUUGUUCUACACGAUCUUCCCAAUUCUUGUUCAUUUCAUCCCUGACUUUGCUUUCCAACUUAUUUUCCUCAAUUAUCUCAAGUGUCCUGUAUUCAGAGACUACCAUGCUCCUGAGGUAUAUGGAUUGAAAGGAGCAAGGAAUGUAUAUCUACCUUCUACCAAUGGAGUUCAGCUUGGAGUGUGGCAAAUUCUUCCAACUUCUGUAAGACCUGCCAGAGAAGAGGAUGAAAUGUCAGCAGAGUUCUUUGAUAAAGCAUUAAGAGACCAUAGACCAGUGAUUAUGUACUGCCAUGGCAUUUCAGGUUCAAGAGCAAAUCCACACCAAGUAGAAUUGUAUGAAUUAUUGAUUAGGCUUGGAUUCCAUGUUGUUGCUGUAGACUACCGAGGAUAUGGAGAUUCAUCAGGUUAUACAACUUUGGAUGGUAUUCAUGAUGAUGUAAGAGCAGUGUAUAGAUGGCUGAGAGAAAGGACAGGGGAUUCCCCUUUCUACAUCUGGGGACAUUCCAUUGGAGCAGGGAUUUCCACAGUAUUCACUUCAAAAAUAUGCAGAGAAGAUGGAUGUCCUACAGGUCUAGUCUUAGAAGCACCAUUCAACAACCUUCUUGAUGAGGUCAUGAGACAUCCAUUUGGAAUGCCUUGGAACAUUCUUCCAUACAGCAGAGGUUACUUUGAUCAAGCUUUUAAUUCUACAGCUCCAUACUUUCAGAGUGAUGUUAACAUAGAGCAUGUGACGUGUCCUAUUCUUAUUCUUCAUGCUGAAGAUGACUGGAUUGUACCACAUGACCUAGGCAGGAAGCUUUAUGAUAUAGCUGUUGAAAGAAGACCAGCCUCAGCAGAUCCAAUCCAAAUGGUUUCAUUUCAUAGUGAAGAGGGAUGUGGACAUAAAAAUAUUGCUUAUUCAUCGAAGCUACCAUCUAUUUUGAGUGAUUUCAUCAAAUGAGGAACCAAAGGUUGUCAAUGAAACCCAGUAGCUUCCAAGCCAUAUGUGUGUGCAGCUGUUGUGUUUUUAUUUUUUAAUUCUUUGUGGUGCUUCAACUUUUACUUAUGUAAUUUUAUCUUUUACUCUUACCUCCUACAAUGUAGAUAAGAUAUCUGAGUACCUCUUGUUGCCAUGUUACCUCAUGAAAACAGGGUUGAUAUCAUUCAUUAACAUCCUUCUGAUGUAGACAAUCAAACAUUCUUGGUAUUCAGCUCCAUAACAUAAAGAUUACUGUGGGGUUGAUUUCACUAUUGAUUGCAUUGAUGAUUGCGUAUGAAAGAUCAAUAAAUCUCUCCCGCAACAAUUCACUAAGCUUUAUGUUAUGAGGACCCAGAUAAAAGAUAUGCUAUGUUUACUUACAUUUCAUAUGAACAUGUGAAAAGAUAUUUCAUGAUUUAAUGGAGGUAGAAGAUGUAAAUUUAGAUAAUAUCUAUACCUUUAGUGGCAGACAACAGUGAUUUGAAUCUGUUGAAGUACAUGUAAUUUAAAUGGCUUAUACUCAACGGCUUAUCCAAGUCACGGCAUACUAAUAAAAUAAUAGCCAUUUAAACAACUACAGAGAAAUUAGAUAAGCUGACAUUAAUGGUUCUUUGGAUAUCACAGUAAAAUAGAAGAUGAUAUUACAGGCAUUUACAGUAUUGGAAUGCACAUAAUGCUUUUAAUGAAAGUGAUGUUUUAAUGAUUUUGAAUACAUCUCCUUAUAUAAGAACUCUAUUUUUACUUUCUGGGAAUUUUCCUUUUUUGUUUUUAUAGUUUGUGAUGUGCUAUUUUUUACUGAUUGUGGUGCCAAUGGAGUGUAUGUGUUACUAGUUCAUAGGCGGUAUCUGAAUCGACAAAUCAUACAUUUAUGUAUUAUAAAAAGGAAGAAAAUCAAAACAAGUGUCAAGUGAUAUGGAUGAAAUAAUAGAUAAUAUAUUAAACAUUUCUGACAAAUUCAAAACGGCAAGGUUUCUAUUGCACAUUUGGUGGAAUAUUUCGUUCAUACUGUUUGUUCUAAGUAUGAUAUGUGUAGACUACACAACCUCACUGCUCUACUGAAAUAACUUAUUUAUGCAUGAUGCACAAUGUCCAGUUUCAAACAGAUUCUGACUUUUUUUAUUAAGUAAAUAAGUAAAUGGCGAUGCAUUUUUUUCAAUCAUAAAAUAGUUCUUUCAAACAUACUUUUUUUUUCAUCUUCAGUGAUGAGAAUGGAAUAUCUGUAUUCCCAAGAUAUUAUGUGAAAAGUUAAUCAUUUCAGGAGGAUUAUCUUUGAUAUUUGAUUUGAGCAAAAAAAAGGAGGGAUAAAAGGUUAGAUGUGUUUUUGCCGUGAAUCUUUUUAGUAAGCUGUUUCUAUUAAUAUGUCACUUUUGAUCCAAAUAUGAAUAAAGAAAAUAAUUUUCAUCUGCUGUGUCCUAGGUGGACAUUAAGAUGUGUGUUAUUUUUCACAUUGAUCAUGCAUGAGUGAACUUGAUAAGUAAAAGGAAAGAAGAAUAGUGCUGCAUAAUGAUAUAGUACCAUGUUAUAUUGAUUUGUAAUAAUAGAGGAAGUAGUAGUAGUAGUAGUAGUAGUAGUAGUAGUAGUAGCAGUAGUAGUAGUAAAAGUUGUAGUAGUAG